AUCAAAUUCGCAGUGCUAUUGAGUUACUUGAUAGUUACGUUAAGAUUUCGAAGCCCAGGCGAAACAUUUGCUGUCAACGGAAAGGAUUUCAUACAAUUUAGUUUUCAAACAAAUUCUGCAUCAAAAGUCAAAAAUCCUCUUUCACUUCCAUACACAAAAGGUUCAAUCAUAAGCCCCCACCAAUAUUUUAAGGAUAAGAAUAAUGAAGGCGGACUGACCUUCAACUAUUCAUGCCAUCCGCUAACAGCGAAGCAUUACUUUGCAUUUUGGAAUAUUAGCACGCGUUAUGAUAUCUGUUGGAAUCUGACACCAGUAUGGCAAGGAGGAAUUAUGGAUGCAAUAUCUCGCGUCCUUUCUCUAGGUGGUGCCGGAAGUUUGGACAUUUUUCACGUGAUUCUUCUGACAUCCUAUCAUUUAUCACUCACACUCCUUGAAGAGACUGGCUGCAAAGUGUGUUCGUCCUUGCAUGUGGGGAUUAAUCUUGAUGCUGAUUAUGAAGCUGUGAUCGGGAAUAUUGGGAAAGAGUUCCAGAAGUUCACUCUGCAUCACCUGCGAGCUCUUUUCAGCAAAAAUCAGCUAGACGUACAUGCGUUGUUGGUACAGAAAGGUAGCAUUCAAAUAUCUUUUCUACUGCAGCAUGCAGUCGCAAAUGAAGAUCUUUAUUUAGAAGACAGAUUUCAGCAUACAUUUCAAGUGCCAAAUCAUUUAAAAAUCAUUAUGAAGAAGAAAUUAUUCCAUCUUCGGAUAGAUCCGAUAUUAGAAAAUCAUCCAAGGAGAUUGUUUCAUGUGUUAGACUUUCUAAGGAACCAAAUAAACGUUAAAUAUCCUUCAUUGUCGUAUUACAUUAACAGACAUUUAUUGAACGAAUUACAAACAUUUUCAUCUCGUAAAAUGGCAGAGACACAUCCAGAUUAUAGAAAAAUCAGCAUUUUAACUUAUGAUAAACCAAACCCUGAAGCAGAUUUUGGUUCCAGCACAAAAACACAAACGUCAUACGAACAUUCCCCGUCUGGAAAAUUGAACUUUAAGAAUCUGGAGAAAGAAUAUCCCGGAGGGACAUUAUCUCGACAUUUAUCAUCUUUGAAUGGGAUAUCUUUGGAUUCGAAUCAUAAAUCAAGAACUCGUCGAAGCUCCGAAAUGAGUAGUGACGAUUCUAAUGUUCGCUCGAGAGUUCGUUUCAGCUUUCAAAAUCCUGCAGCAAAUGCUAACAAUGAAGAAUUCCUAAAACAUCUUAAGAAGCAGCUUGCAAAAAGAAUACGAGUACCUUUGUCUAGUAUAAAAGACCUAGAGAUUAAAUCAGGAAAGGAUGUGUCAUUUAUCUUAAUUCCUUUCAACGAUGAUAACAACGUAAUGGAUGACAAGACAGCUCGUGAAGCAGCAGAAUUCUUAAGAAUGGAGAUCAAGAAUGAAAGACUGAGCAUUACGGACCUCAAUGGAAAACCUAUUCUUACAGGAAAGAACGUUUACAUCUCAAAUGACGACGAGCCUGUGGAUUUCUCUUUAGUGGUGCUUAUUCUUCUGUGCAUCACUCUCUUCAUGAUUAUUGUUCUCAUCUUUGGUUUAGUUUACAUUGGAAGGCGUGUUACAAAAAUAUCAAGUGAAUCACUGGAUUCAAGACAAAGGACAUAUAGAAACAUGGAAUUUGGAAGAGAUUCUUCACAGUCAGUGGGGAAAUAUUCCUACGACAGUGGAUUAUGGUUAGGACCAGGGUCUGAACCGACUUUUACCGUACCAGAUGCACCAUAUUACAGACCGCCUACUGUUGAACAAAUCGCUUCUACUCCAAGACCUAUAACGGCUGUACGUACACGUCUGAAAACCAACUGGAAUGUUGAUGAAAGAGCGCUAAGCGCCAUACCGGAUGAUCUAGCCAUGUCCUACAUUCCACGAGAAAGCCGAUAUCAAUAAAAACUCAAUGACCAUUUGUCAGAAAUUCCACUAUAUAUUUAAGGACUAAAUCGUCUUCAGGAGAAUAUCACAUUACCGAUUUUUAUGAACAUUAACUGUAAUAUAUGAUUCAAUGAGUAUGUGUCAGAAAUCUCACUGUUUAUUUAUCCAGGCCCAUUAUUUCAAAAAAAAAAAAAAAAAAAAAACUGAUGUCACCAAAAUUUCAUGUGGAUUUUUGUUCUUAAACAAAUAUUUUUAUUUUUCAAGGCUAAAAUUAUUUA